AUGAGGGUUGCAGUGGUUGGUGCAGGGAUUAGUGGGUUGGUUUCUGCUUAUACAUUAGCAAAAGCUGGUGUGAAUGUGGUGUUGUAUGAGAAGGAGGAAUACAUAGGAGGGGAAAGAGUUCAUGCCAACAACACUCUUCUUGUUAAUACAAAAUAUGACUUUGAUUUGGAACAUCUAGGAUUCAUGUUGCUUAAUCCGGUAAAUUAUCCCAAUAUAAUGGAGUUGUUUGAGAGUCUUGGAGUUGAUGUGAAAUUGUCAUACUUGUCAACUUCAGUAAGCCUAGACAAUGGCCACGGCUAUGAAUGGGGUACCCAAAAUGGUUUCUCUAGCUUGUUUUCACAGAAGAGAAAUGUGUUUAAUCCUUAUUUUUUGCAAAUGAUUAGGGAAGUUCACAAGUUCAAAGAAGAUGUCCUAAGCUGUCUUGAUAUACUUGAGACUAACCAAGAUAUUAAACACAAUGAGACUUUGGGGAAUUUCAUUAAGUCAAGGGGAUACUCAAAAUUAUUUCAGAAAGCUUAUCUGAUUCCACUUUGUGGUUCUAUUUGGCCCUGUUCUUCACUUGAAGGAGUUUUCAGCUUUUCUGCUUUCUCAGUCCUCUCAUUCUUAAGUAAUCACCAUCUACUUCAGCUCUUUUAUAGUCCACAGUGCAAAAUUGUCAGAUGGAACUCUCAAAACUUUAUUAAGAAGGUGAAAGAAAAGCUUGUGAGUGAAAAUUGUCAAAUAAAAGUCAAUUGUGAGGUGCAAUUGGUUUCUUCAUCUGAUAAAGGAUGUGUUGUGUUAUGUGAAGAUGGUUCCCAAGAAAUGUAUGAUGGUUGCAUAAUGACAGUACAUGCCCCUGAUGCUUUGAGAAUAUUAGGAGAUGAAGCAACAUCAGAUGAGUGUAGAAUACUUGGGGCUUUUCAAUAUGUAUAUAGUGAUAUAUUUCUGCAUUGCGACAAAAAUUUAAUGCCUCGAAAUCCUAUAGCAUGGAGUGCAUGGAAUUUUCUUGAAACUUCCAAUAACAAUGUGUUUGUUACUUACUGGAUUAAUAUUCUUCAGAAUAUUGAAGAAACAAGUCUACCUUUAUUUGUAACUGUCAAUCCAAAUCAGACACCUCAAAAUACCUUGCUCAAGUGGUCAACUGGCCAUGUAGUCCCAACAGUUACUGCAUCAAAGGCAUUUCUUGAGCUGGAUCAUAUUCAAGGGAAAAGAAAAAUUUGGUUUUCAUCAGGUGCAUACCAAGGUUAUGGAUAUCAUGGAGAUGGAUUAAAGGCUGGUAUGGAUACAGCACAUGACAUUCUUGGAAGAAUUUGUGUCCUUCAAAGCAACCUAAAAUACAUAAUACCAUCUUGGACAGAAAUGGGAGCACGAUUUUUCGUAACUAGAUUUCUGAGUGCAUAUAUAACUACUGGAAGUUUAAUGCUAUUGGAAGAAGGGGGGACAAUAUUAACCUUUGCGGGAUCUAAGGAAAAAUGCCCCUUAAAAAGUGUUUUAAGAAUCCACAAUCCCCAAUUUUAUUGGAAGGUUAUGACAAAUGGUGAUUUAGGUCUUGCAAGUGCAUAUAUUGAUGGUGACUUUUCAUUUGUUGAUACAAACAAAGGACUUCUAAAUUUUAUUUUAAUUCUUGUAGCCAACAGAGAUUUCAAUGCAUCUAACUCAACAUUAAAGAAUCGGGGUUGGUGGACGCCAGUUUUCUUUACGGCUGGUUUAGCAUCUGCAAAGUUCUUCAUCAAGCAUGUUUCAAGGAAAAAUACCGUCACACAAGCUUGCAGAAACAUCUCUAUGCAUUAUGAUUUGAGCAAUGAACUCUUUGCAUGUUUCUUGGACGAAAAAAUGCAAUAUUCAUGUGGAGUGUUUAAGAAUGAAGACGAAGACUUAAAAGAGGCACAAAAGAGAAAAAUCUCAAUUCUAACAGAAAAAGCGCGAAUAGAUAGAAAACAUGAAAUUCUCGACAUUGGAUGCGGAUGGGGUGGUUUUGCAAUUGAAGUUGUUAAACAAACUGGUUGCAAGUACACUGGCAUCACUCUGUCUAAGGAGCAGCUCAAAUAUGCAGAAAAUAAAGUCAAAGAAGCUGGACUUAAGGACCAUAUAACAUUUCUCUUGUGUGACUAUCGCCAACUGUCCAGGACAAGAAAGUAUGAUAGGAUUAUAUCAUGUGAAAUGAUUGAAGCUGUUGGACAUGAGUAUAUGGAAGAGUUUUUCGGCUGUUGUGAUUCAGCAUUGGCAGAUGAUGGACUUCUUGUUCUCCAGUUCACAUCGAUACCGGAUGAGCGUUACGAUGCAUACAGACGAAGUUCCGAGUUUAUAAAAGAAUAUGUUUUUCCUGGCUGUUGUAUACCUUCUUUGAGUAGAGUAACAUCAGCUAUGUCAGCUGCAUCUAGACUAUGUGUGGAGCAUGCUGAAAACAUUGGAAUUCAUUACUACCCAACUUUGAGAUGGUGGAGAAAGAAUUUCUUGGAAAACCAUAGCAAAAUUACGGCUCUUGGAUUUGAUGAAAAGUUUGUUAGAAUAUGGGAAUACUAUUUUGAUUACUGUGCUGCUGGUUUUAAGUCAAGGACACUUGGGAAUUAUCAGAUGGUUUUCUCGCGCCCUGGAAACAAUACUGCAUUUAGCAAUCCAUACAACAGCUUGGCUUUUUAAGUUGCUUGUACUCUCAAUCUCAAGGGAGAUUAUAUAUGCACUCUAUCUU